UUACCGCCCAGCCCGGCUCCAAGGGAGCAUCGCUCCGUCCCUGCCGCCGCCCAGCACCGUCCUGGAUCGGGGCCCGGGGCCAGCUGAGCACGCAGGUCUCUGGACAAAAUGGGGAAUAGAUUAGUGAAACCCAAGCAUCUGAGGCAGACAGACAGACACGUAGCAAACCUUGCUAUUGGCUGUGCUGCCAACCAUAAGUUUUUGAUGGACCCAUGCCUAGGCAUCAGUGUGAUCAAUGGGCAAGCUGAUGUUCUUUGCAGCAAGAUACUUGAACUGGAAAAGGAGCUGAAGAGAAAAGACCAAGAGUUGCAAGACAGUCAAAGUCAUGUUGCUGAGCUUCAGGAACAGUUGGCUAUGCAGACUAAGGUCAUAGCAGAACUCACCAAGGAACUUCAGAGCAAGUGUACACAGCUGAACAAGCUCCAGGAUGUUGUUAGCACUCAAGGAGAGCACUCUCUUCAGCCUUCUCCAUUGAAAGUUUCUGCCAGUAGGAGGAGAGGAGCCAAGGAAGGUGUGUCUGCAGAGCCGACAACGCGGCUGUAUGAUUUGAGCAGGAAAGCCAUGUUUUCCCUUGAAAAAGCAACGGUCCGAAAGGAUUCCAGUGAGAAGAAGCUUAUCACGGACGCCCUGAAUAGAAAUCAGUUCUUGAAGAGACUGGAGCCUCACCAGACACGAGAUAUGGUGGAAUGUAUGUAUGAAAGGACUUUUCAGCAAGGCAGCUACAUCAUCAGACAGGGAGAACCGGGCAAUCACAUUUUUGUGCUCAAAGAGGGCAGUCUGGAAGUCUUUCAGCAGAAUAAGCUACUAUCCUCAAUACCUGUGUGGACAGCAUUUGGUGAACUAGCCAUUUUAUACAACUGCACACGGACAGCUUCUGUGAAAGCAAUCACUAAUGUUAAAACAUGGGCAUUGGACAGAGAAGUGUUUCAAAAUAUCAUGAGAGUGACAGCACAAACAAGACAAGAGCAAUACAGAAACUUCCUUAGAAGUGUGUCCCUGCUGAAAAACUUACCUGAAGAUAAAUUAACCAAGAUCAUCGACUGCCUGGAGGUGGAGUACUAUAACAAGGGAGAUUAUGUUAUUCGGGAAGGAGAAGAGGGAAAUACCUUCUUCAUAAUAGCAAAAGGAAAGGUGAUAGUUACCCAAAGUACAGCAGAUCACUCACAGCCUCAGCUGAUUAAAAAUCUACAUAAAGGGGAUUACUUUGGAGAAAAGGCUCUGAUUAGUGACGACGUCAGAUCAGCAAACGUUAUUGCAGAUGAAUACAACGUGGAGUGCCUCGUUAUAGACAGAGAGACCUUUAAUCAAACAGUUGGAACUUAUGAGGAGCUCCAAACUUACCUUGAAGGUUAUGUGGCUGAUCUGGCCCAGGCCGAUGAAAAGCGACAUGCGAAAGGAAGAUCCUUCUGUGGACAGCUGACCAAAGAGGUGUCUUUGGAGAUGAUAGAGCUGAAGGAGAAAGUAGCCCAGUUCCCUCCUUCCCCAUUCAAGAAUUUAGAAGUUGUCACAACUCUGGGUGUUGGUGGGUUCGGAAGGGUUGAGCUUGUUAAAGUGAAAAACGAGAACAUGGCUUUUGCUAUGAAGUGUAUAAAGAAGAAACACGUAGUGGACACCAAACAACAAGAGCAUAUCUAUUCUGAAAAGAAAAUCCUUGAGCAGAUAUGUUCUCCAUUCAUUGUAAAACUAUAUCGCACAUUCAAAGAUAAUAAGUAUGUAUACAUGCUCCUGGAGGCUUGCCUUGGAGGGGAGUUGUGGAGCUUGCUGAGAGACAGAGGCAGCUUUGAUGAAUUCACCACCAAGUUCUGUGUUGGGUGUGUGACAGAGGCUUUUGACUAUCUGCAUCACAUAGGAAUAAUCUACAGAGACCUGAAGCCAGAAAACUUAAUUUUGGAUGCUGAAGGAUAUAUAAAACUGGUUGAUUUUGGAUUUGCAAAGAAGAUUGGAUCAGGGCAGAAAACCUGGACGUUUUGUGGAACCCCUGAGUAUGUUGCUCCUGAAGUCAUACUGAGUAAAGGCCAUGACUUCAGUGUGGAUUUUUGGUCCCUUGGGAUUCUUGUAUAUGAACUCCUUACUGGCAGUCCACCAUUCUCUGGGGCUGAUCAAAUGAUGACGUAUAAUUUGAUUCUCAAAGGCAUUGAAAAGCUGGAUUUUCCUAAAACAAUAACAAGGCGACCUGAGGAUUUGAUCCGCAGACUCUGCAGGCAAAACCCUACAGAAAGAUUAGGCAAUUUGAGAAACGGAAUUAAUGACAUCAAGAAGCACAGGUGGUUGAGUGGUUUUAACUGGGAUAGUCUGAAAGUGAGGAAAUUAACGUCACCUUUAAAAAGAGAGUUGUCUGGACCGACUGAUUACAGCUACUUUGACAGCUAUCCACCUGAAGAGGGAACCCCUCCAGAUGAACUUUCAGGCUGGGACAAGGAUUUCUGAUAGUUGUUUCUUCUGGGACAUGUAUAGACACUCAUAGGCUUCAGUUCUAAACCUGCUGUCUUGUUUCUUGCUACAAACUACACAGUUCUCCUUGAAGAAUAGAAGACCAUACAGCAACCGGAGUUUGUUUGGACAAUGCACAAGAAUCUGUGUCCAUUUCUUUAUAACAAGGGCAUGAAUUCAGUCAACAGAUGUAGCCUGAAUGUGUUUUGAUACACAGUGUCUCUACAAAUAUUUUCAGACACUAUGGGUUGGAUUUAUGGUUUUGCCAUUAGAAAUGUCAGUAGCUAAUACUUUGAUGUUAACAAGGUUAACAUUUUGGAUGGAGAGGAUUGGAAGCCAAUAACUCUGUGGCAUUUGUCAGCUGACAACUAUAGGCACUUAUUUUUCAUUUUAUCUGAUGUCUGCUGUGUUUCACUUUUUCCCCUUAAUGUCCAGUAUUGCAUUAACGCAGGAAUGUGUAUAAAAGAGACUUUUACUGAAAGGUUGAUUUGAUCUGAUGCUGCAGCUAAAAGGGUAUCACUGUGGAAGCUGCCUCUCUGUCAGUUGAGUUUUGCAACAGGCUGAAUAUAUGACACAGGUCAAAUGAAAAUCCAGUAGGAAACAAGGUAUAUACAUGAUAGAAGUUGCCUAAAGAAGCAGACUAUGGUGUGUAUUUCCCUUACUGCUUCAAAGAGCCAUGUCUAUUUCUUAAAAUGUUUUGCUUUUAUGUAGUGAGAAGCUAAAAUAGAUGGACAAAAAACAUUUACCUUGAAGGGAAAAAAAAAUGCAGUUGGAUGUUGUGCAUUCAUGGUUUAUAUAGAAAAAUUCUGUUGCUCUCUGUUAAGAACUACAACCACUGUUGAAACAGGGAUGUUCCUGGUUGUCCUGCUGGGCUUGUGGGAUUGAUGAGUCUGCAACGCUUGCUAGGAUUUGUUUCAGCUCCCACAGAGACGAAGUCCAAUCUAAAUUUCAAUACUGAAGCUCCCACAGCUCACUGCAUUUCGCGUGCUGGGUGGAAAACCUCCCAGGAAACUUGUACUAUGUGCUCAGGGUUUAGUUACUGCUGGAUAGUCUCCCUAGCUGCUGCUGGUCAUGACUUUUCCACCGGGUGAGGGAGGGACUGCCACAGGGGCAGUUCCACGGUUUGUUACAGGGUUAUAAUUAUCUUUUACCGCUGAGUGGCCAUUGCUUUGACAGCAAAUCAAUUUAAAUAUUUUGUAUAACCUUCACUCUGAAUAAGGCAGUAGAACAUUUUCCAUUGAAUUUAAUGAAGGUUGGAUUGAGCCCUUGAAAGAAGACACUACAUGUUCGGCUGGUUUUGUUUCCCCGCUUGUUUGCAAAUUAUUAUGGAAACUUUCAGCCAGCAAAGCCUGUGCAAAAUGGUGGUAAGCACACACAGUCAGAGAGGAUGGAGCAGAGUCUGUAAACUGGGAUUGUAGAUGCUUUCCACUAGAUCUGUUUUGCAAUACCAAAGACCAGAUUUUCUUUUCAGGAUUUAGACAAGCACUGAAAGUUAGUUAUUCAUGUUUCUCCGUGUAUUUUUCUUUCUCUCAUAAGUAUUUUUUAUUGCAGUCAAAAUAAUAUUGCACCAAGUUUUAUAAAAUCUUUUGAAUGUAUUUUUCCA